AUGAACUCUGAACCAUACCCUAUGGGCAUCCUCGUGGAGGCCGAGUCAUUCGAUGACUUCGGCGGUUGGGUGAUGGACUCCCAGUUUGAGAACGAGAUGGGAUCCCCAUACCUGCUGGCCCACGGAAAUGGCACCCCGGUAGCGGAUGCCAAUACCGUUGUUUCCAUCCCCAACACCGCGCGGUACAACGUCUGCGUGCGCGCCAAAGACUGGGUUUUUGGGCAUCAUCCCGGGAGAUUCACCCUCUCCGUCGGUGGGGAACGCCUCCCCACUGAGUUCGGUCAGGUAAAUCUGGCCGCGGGAGACGUCACAUUGGCGCUGCACGACCUCACCGGCUUUUGUGGUCGCUGUGACGCCAUCUUCUUCACUACGGAGGAUACGGCACCACCCGCGGCAGUCAAUGAGGCAUCCCGCGCAUGGAGACGCCGGCUGCGUGGACUCCCCGAAGAGCCUGUCGAUGGUGGAUCUUUUGAUGUCGUUGUCGUCGGAGGGGGCGUAGCUGGCACCGCGGCCGCUUUGACGGCCGCUCGACUCGGCCAGCGAGUGGCCCUGGUCGUGGAGAUUGGCCUCAGUCCGCGGGGAUGGACCGGACCGCUGGUGGAUGAGUUCUCUGCGAGGACCGAGGAUGGUGACCUGCUGGCGGUACGCUUGCUGGAAGCUGAACCAACCGCCACAGUCUUCCUCGAGCACACCGUAUACCACGCCGUCACGUCAGGGUCUAGCAUCAAGUCGAUCGACGCUCGACACGCCCGCAGCGGCCGAGAGACGCGGAUUUCCGCCCCCGUAUUCAUCGACGGCUCGGGAACCGCCGUCCUCGGACGACUUUCCGGCGCAGAGACGCUCUACGGGCAGGAGUCACGGGCGGAGUACGGGGAGAGCCUCGCGCCGGUCAAGGGCGACACCAUGCACCACGGCAACACCGUCUUCUUCCGCACCAAAAUGGCCGACUCCCCAGUUUUCUUCCCCGCCGUACCGUGGGCCACGGAGGUAGCCAAAGACUACACCGACCUCCGAGGCCAACUACGACGGCCUGGCCGAGAGAAUGGCCCCGGACCGGUGAUCGUACCCCCUGGCCACGUUCCCGACCCCACGAUCAAGGGCCGACUCACGCAUUUCUGGGAGUACGGCCAGUGGCUGGACCCGUAUACCCAGGGGGAGCACAUUCGCGACCACCUGCUCCGCGCAAUCUACGGCACAUUCUCCAACGUGAAGACCAUAGAGCCCGACACCUACGCCAACCUCGCCCUCGACUGGGUGGCUUUCGUGCCGGCGCAGGGCGAGCACCAUCGCUACAAGGGCGACUACGUGCUCACCGAGACGGAUAUCCGCACGCACAAGCCCUUUCCCGACGCCGUGGUCCAGAAUGAUGGCGCUUUCUGUCUGCACUACCCCGGCGACGAGAAAUACGACUUCCAGCUCAAGCACUGGGAGUGGGAUGAGCGCGAUAAGAAACCCUACGAUAUCCCGUUUCGGUGUCUGUAUUCGGUCAAUGUGUCGAACCUUAUGAUGGCUGGGAAGCACAUGAGUGCUACGCACGUUGCUAACUCCAAUACUAAGUUUAUGGGGAAUGGAGGACAUCAUGGAAUUGCGACUGCCGUCGCGGCUUUCCUGUGUCGGAAGUAUGGCACGACGCCGCGAGGGGUGUAUCAGAGCUAUCUGGACGAGCUAAAGACGGCUACGGCCGGUAUUGCAAGGGAGAAUCAUUAUGGAUCGUAUAGACUGGGGAAGGGAAAAGAGUCCUAUCUUUAG